GCCAAGGCAACCAAUAUUUUGGGUUUCUUUUAUUUCGUUUGUGAAAGAUUAUUUAAGAAAGGGUGUCGAGGGGAAGUUUCCUGACAGGAAUUUUUAAAGCUGUCUAUUAGCAGACGAGCAGGAGAGUCUUGGAUGUCAACGCCUGACAAACUCUUGAGACUAGCUACCAAACCACGAAAAGUGAUUUUCUUUCUGAGUCUUUUCUCCGGCCCUUCCGAUGGAAGCAGAAACGGGGAGCACCAUGGAGACCGGAAAGGGCACCAGUCGAGGCGUUCGAAUUGCACUGGCCCUGUUUGUUGUUGGCACCCUGGUCCUGGGCACACUGCUCUUCCUAGUGAGUCAAGGUCUCCUAAGCUUCCAAGCUAAACAGGAGUACUGUCUGAAGCCAGAGUGCAUAGAAGCCGCUGCUGCCAUCAUGAGCAAAGUAAAUCUUUCUGUGGAUCCUUGUGAAAAUUUCUUCCGGUUUGCUUGUGAUGGCUGGAUAAACAAUAACCCGAUUCCUGAAGAUAUGCCAAGCUUUGGGGUUUAUCCUUGGCUCAGACACAAUGUUGACCUCAAGCUGAAGGCACUUCUGGAGAAAUCAGUCAGUCGAAGGCGGGACAUUGAAGCCGUACAGAAAGCCAAAAUCCUUUAUUCAUCCUGCAUGAAUGAGAAAGCAAUUGAAAAAGCAGACACCAAGCCCCUGCUCCACAUCUUGCGGCAUUCACCGUUCCGCUGGCCUGUGCUUGAAGCUAAUAUUGGUCCUGAAGGGGUUUGGUCGGAGAGAAAAUUCAGCCUCUUGCAAACGCUUGCAACAUUCCGUGGCCAAUACAGCAAUUCUGUGUUCAUCCGUUUGUAUGUGUCCCCCGAUGACAAGGCGUCCAAUGAACAUAUCUUGAAGCUGGACCAAGCAACACUCUCCCUGGCUGUGAGGGAAGACUUCCUUGAUAACAGUACAGAGGCCAAAUCUUAUCGGGAUGCCCUUUAUAAGUUCAUGGUGGACACUGCGGUGCUUUUAGGAGCUAAUAGCUCUCGAGCUGAACAUGACAUGAAGUCAGUGCUUAGACUGGAAAUUAAGAUAGCUGAGAUAAUGAUUCCACAUGAAAACCGAACCAGUGAGGCUAUGUAUAACAAAAUGAACAUCUCAGAACUCAGUGCAAUGAUUCCCCAGUUUGACUGGCUGGGCUAUAUCAAGAAGGUCAUUGAUACCAGACUCUACCCACACUUGAAAGACAUCGGUCCCUCGGAGAAUGUGGUGGUCCGCGUCCCACAAUACUUUAAAGAUUUAUUUAGGAUAUUAGGUUCUGAGAGGAAGAAAACCAUUGCCAACUAUUUGGUGUGGAGAAUGGUUUAUUCCAGAAUUCCAAACCUCAGCAGGCGCUUUCAGUAUAGAUGGCUGGAAUUCUCAAGGGUAAUCCAGGGGACGACGACUCUGCUGCCUCAGUGGGACAAAUGUGUAAACUUUAUUGAAAGUGCCCUCCCUUAUGUUGUGGGGAAAAUGUUUGUGAACGUUCACUUCCAGGAAGAUAAGAAGGAGAUGAUGGAAGAAUUGAUUGAGGGUGUUCGCUGGGCCUUUAUUGACAUGCUGGAGAAAGAAAAUGAAUGGAUGGAUGCGGGAACAAAAAGGAAAGCUCAAGAAAAGGCAAGAGCUGUUUUGGCAAAAGUUGGCUAUCCAGAAUUUAUAAUGAAUGAUACUCAUGUUAAUGAAGACCUCAAGGCAAUGAAAUUUUCAGAAUCGGACUACUUUGGCAAUGUGCUGCAAACCCGCAAAUAUUUAGCCCAGUCUGAUUUCUACUGGCUCAGAAAAGCUGUUCCCAAAACAGAGUGGUUUACAAAUCCGACAACAGUCAAUGCCUUUUACAGUGCAUCCACUAACCAGAUACGAUUUCCAGCUGGUGAGCUGCAGAAGCCUUUCUUUUGGGGAACAGAAUACCCUCGAUCCCUGAGUUAUGGUGCUAUAGGAGUAAUUGUUGGACAUGAAUUUACACAUGGAUUUGAUAAUAAUGGUAGAAAAUACGAUAAAAAUGGAAACCUUGAUCCUUGGUGGUCUGUGGACUCAGAAGAAAAGUUUAAGGAAAAAACAAAGUGCAUGAUUAGCCAGUAUAGCAACUAUUAUUGGAAGAAAGCUGGUUUAAAUGUAAAGGGGAAGAGGACCUUGGGAGAAAAUAUUGCUGAUAACGGAGGUCUGCGGGAGGCCUUCAGGGCUUACAGGAAAUGGGUAAAUGACAAACGGCAGGGGGUUGAAGAGCCUCUCCUACCAGGCAUCACAUUCACCAACAACCAGCUGUUCUUCUUGAGCUAUGCUCAUGUGAGGUGCAAUCCCUACAGACCAGAAGCUGCCAGAGAACAAGUCCAAAUUGGUGCUCACAGUCCUCCACAAUUUCGGGUCAAUGGUGCUGUUAGCAACUUUGAGGAAUUUCAGAAAGCUUUUAACUGUCCUCCGAAUUCCAGUAUGAACAGAGGCCUGAAUUCCUGUCGACUCUGGUAG